GUGUGCAUUGCGCGUACUUGCAAACAUGGCGGGUACAGUGAAUGGGAGAGGAUGUUGCCACUAACAAAUAUAUAAUUUCUACGAGUCGCGGCACGAAUAUGACAUUUUACUCCCCUGAAUAUAAACACAGACUGAACAGUUCGUGUCAUAAUUUUUGUGAUGGCGUUCCCCCAGCCCAGACCUCAGGCUCCUCAGCUUCCCCAACAUCUUCUCACCACCAUAGACUGUCAACAAGGAGCUGUCAGGGCUGUCCGGUUCAAUGCUGAUGGGAACUACGCGCUGUCCUGUGGCAGUGACAAAUCUCUAAAGCUGUGGAGUGUGAGCCGGGGGACUCUGCUGAAGACAUACAGCGGCCACGGAUACGAGGUCCUGGAUGCUGAUGGCUCUUACGACAACAGCCAGCUUUGCUCCUGCAGCUCCGAUAAGACGGUGAUCCUGUGGGACGUCGCCACAGGCCAAGUCACGCGGAAACUCAGGGGUCAUGCUGGGAAAGUCAACUGUGUCCAGUUCAAUGAGGAGGCAACAGUCAUCUUGUCUGGCUCCAUAGAUGGAACAGUUCGGUGCUGGGACACGAGGUCCAGAAGAUUUGAGCCAAUUCAGAUCUUAGACGAGGCUCGGGAUGGCAUCAGCAGCUUGAAAGUUGUACAACAUGAGCUUCUUACAGGAUCAGUGGAUGGCAGAGUGAGGCGCUACGACCUGAGAAUGGGACAGCUGCAUGUUGACUUCAUCAGCAGUCCCAUCACGUGUGUGUGUUUCAGUCAGGACGGUCAGUGCACUCUGAGCUCCAGCCUGGAUUCAACAGUCAGACUACUGGACAAGAGCACAGGGGAAAUGCUCGGAGAGUAUAAAGGACAUAAAAUGAAGGGCUACAAGCUGGACUGCUGCCUGUCCAGUAAAGAUACUCAUGUCCUGAGCUGCUCAGAAGACGGACAUGUCUACUGCUGGGACCUGGUGGAAGGAUCUCUGUCCUUGAAACUGCCGGUGGGGAAAGCUGUCGUCCAGUCGUUGUCCUUCCACCCAACAGAGACCUGCCUCCUCACAGCCAUGGAGGGGCGUGUUCAGUUGUGGGGGUUGGAGCCAGAGGAGACGGUGAAGACAGAGGAGGACACGAUGGCUUCUUAAAGAUGGUGAAUGUAGUCAGAAGCUAUAUUGGCAUGCUAGGAGGUUGGCAAAGCAGCCAUUCAGGUCUUUAUAGCGGUUAGCUUAGCAAAGAUUUAUCAGAGUAGAAAGGAGCGAAUGCUUAACAUAAGGACCGACAUAAAUAUUAAGAAACAAAUAUCUGAUCGACAGAUGUUCACAAUCUGCAGGUGAAUGUUAUUUUAGUCCAUAACUGAAACAAAUAGUUGUCCAUAUGAUUCUUUUUACAAGAAAACUUGAAUACAAUUCCUGUUAUUAGUAACAGACCACAUGUGAUUUCUCUCUUUAAAUAGCGGCUAUGUGGGGCCAGUUGUCCCUGAGAGGGUUCCUGAGAGCAUUUUUUCCCACUUGAAUUCCUUUCAUAAGUAACCCAAUAAAAAAUGUGUAAAUAUUUUAGGCAGGGGUUUCAUACAAUACUGUGCUAACAUGUUUAAAAGCCUGGGAUAAAAGGGAGUCUGUGGUCUCCUUGUUGGCACUUUCAGGGUCCUUGGUGUUAAACAUUUUUUGAGGUCAACUGCUUUGGAAUAAAAUCACACUUCACAACA